AUGCAGUGCUACUCCGAGCUUAUCCCGCCUUCGGGCGUCACCCACGCCCUCUCACUCUCGUUCACCUCAUCUAACGCCGAUAACCUGAUCGUUGCGCGGACGUCUCUGCUCCAGGUCUUCCAGUGCAAGCAGGUCAACGCCGGCCAGGACACGAGACUGGUCUUGGUCGCCGAAUACAGCUUGGCAGGGACAGUCACCUCCUUAGGCAAGGUCAAGAUCGCCGACUCGAAAAGUGGAGGGGAUGUCGUCCUCAUUGCUCUUCGCGACGCUAAGCUGAGCCUGGUCGAAUGGGACCCCGAGUUGCAUAGCAUAUCUACUCUGUCAAUACAUUUCUACGAGCAUCAUGAUCUCCAGUCUGCUCCGUGGCAACCUGAUCUCGCCGAUUGCGUCAGCCAUCUGACGAUUGACCCAUCAAGUAGAUGCGCCGCCUUCAAUUUCGGCGUCAGUAAUCUUGCUAUCAUUCCUUUCCACCAGGCCGCAGACGAUCUCGCUAUUGACGAUUCGGACGACCUGGACGGGGAGGACAAGGAAAAACCUCUGCAAACAGAACAAGCCGAUGGGCAGACUCACGGGCCCCCAACGCCCUACAGCCCAUCAUUUGUUCUGCCUCUGACGGUUCUUGAUCCUGGGUUACUCCAUCCUAUUGAUAUUGCUUUCCUCCAUGAGUAUCGCGACCCUACCAUCGGGAUACUGUACUCAACCGCUGCUCGCUCUUCGAACAUGAGCCCAGAACGGCGGGAUGUCACAAUAUACGCCGUCUACGCCCUGGAUCUCGACCAAAAGGCGUCAACCACUUUGCAAUCGGUCCAAAAGCUUCCCAAUGACCUCUAUCGGAUCAUUGCUCUUCCUUUACCCAUUGGCGGCGCCUUACUGGUUGGUGGCAACGAGCUGAUUCAUGUCGAUCAAGGAGGCAAAUCGAGCGCUAUGGCCGUCAACGAAUUGGCGAGGGAGGCGUCUUCGUUUACCAUGGCUGACCAUUCCGAGGCUCGUCUAAAGCUGGAAGGCUGUCAGGUCGAGCACUUGGGAAAUGCAAACGGUGACAUGCUCAUCAUUUUGAAGACGGGAGAACUUGCCGUCCUGACGUUCCGGAUGGACGGUCGUUCCGUCUCUGGGAUGACGCUUCGUCGACUCGGAGAGGCACAAGCACACAGUCUGUUCAUGGGGGCAGCGUCGUGCACGGCAAAUCUCGGACCCAACCGCCUCUUCGUCGGCAGCGAAGAAGCCGACUCAGUCUUGCUGGCGACGGAGAAGAAGGCGCCCCAAUUGAAGCGAAUCCGUUCCCGAGCGCAAAUACAGGCCAGUGAAGCCGAACCGCAGGACGACGACGAUGAAGAAGAUGGUUAUGACGAUGACGAUGAUCUCUAUGCCGACAUGAUCGACGGUCACAACGGCCAUGUGUCAAGCGACCUGGGCGGCCAGCACUUUCGACCGGUCGAUCGACUUGCAUGUUUAGCCCCGGUCAAUGAUCUUGCCUUCGGCACGCUGGGCAAACGAAAACGUGAUGAUGCCGAUGAACCGGGCCGGCCUGAUUCACGACAGCGCGAACUCGUCUGUGCGUAUGGGCGAGGCAAUGUCGGUGGGGUCGCCUUUAUCCGUCGACAGCUGGAGCCGGAGGUCACGCGCCGAAUAAAGUACGACGAUGCCACUGGGAUCUGGUGCUUCAGUUCCAACGGAAAAAAUCAGAAGGAGAGGGAAAAGAAUGUGGGGUCUCGAUUCGAUAACCUCGUUUUGGUCUCGCAGAUGACUCCAGACGGCGCCGGGAAAUCGACCUUGUUUUCACUGGCUGCCGACGGCCUGGUCCCGAUCGCCGACACGGACUUUGAUGAGUCGGCUGGAUCUACCAUAUCUGUCUUCAAGCUGAGCUUGACAAACCACACGGUCCAAGUGCUCGCCACAGAAGUUCGUGUAUACGAUGCCAACUUCGGUCUCUCCCAGAUAUUCCCUGUCGUGGAUGAGGAAGAAGGGCAGAUGGCGCGGGCAGUCAGCGCCACUUUUGCCGAACCAUAUCUCGUCCUCGUCAAAGACGACGGAAACGUGACGUUACUCCAAGCCGAUAGAGCCGGUGAAUUGGAUGAAGUUGAAGUUUCCUCAUCCCUCAAAGACAAGUCUGUCCGGUCAGCGUCGCUCUAUCAGGACACUAGCGAUUUCUUCCAGACAUCGAGAUUCUAUCAAGGUGCUGGAGGAGCGUCACGGGGGCCGGUCCUCGCAUUGUUGACCGCUGAAGGGCACUUUUGUCUACUGUCACUGCCAAACACCGCCCUUGAAGUAUUUCAAUGUGACAGCCUACCUUUCCUUCCCACAUAUCUCAUGCAAGGCCUCCAAUUGCCAAAACAUUGGAGGAACAAGGACGACCUCGCGGAAACGCUCCUCGUCGACCUGGGGGAUGCCAUCGAUUCCCGGCCGUACUUGAUCGCCCGCAACACGACGGGAGACGUCAUUCUUUAUGAGCCUUUUGCAGAUCCGGAGGUGGUGGGGAGCUUCAAGUUCAAGAAAGUCUCCACCAAGCCCGCCGAAGCACCUGAAGAUCAAGUUGAGGAAGAAGGUGAAGAGACGUCGUUCCGGCAGAUGCAAGUCAUCCAGGAUCUGGCUGGCCGCGCUUCUGUCUUCAUCCCGGGAUUGCAGCCAAUGUUGAUUCUGCGCGAAGCGUCCACGAUGCCUCGCGUUUACGAGUUAGGUUUGCAAAAUAUCAAAUCGAUGAGCACCGCCCACCUUGAUAACUGCCACAACGGCUUUGUGUUCAUUGACGAAUCAGACGGCCUCUGUUUCUCUCGGCUUCCUCCAUCAUUGAUGCUGGGGCACUCCGACUGGGUCAUCAAGCGCGUCCCGCUCGGACAGAAUAUCACCUUUGUCAGCUACUGUGCCCCCACGAACUCCUACGUCCUUGCCGCAAACCACACCGUAGACUUCCAACUUCCCCAAGACGAUGAAUGGCAUCCUGCAUGGCAAGACGAAGCCACGACCUUCUUCCCAACCACCCUGCAAUCUACCCUUCAGCUCGUGAGCUCGACAAGCCAUCGAGUCAUAAGCCAGCAUCACUUCGACGUCUCUGAACGGAUACUUUCCCUGAAGACGCUCAGCCUCGAAGUUUCCGAGGAGACCCACGAACGCAAAGACCUGAUCGUCGUGGGUACGGGUCUGGUGAAGGGCGAAGAUGUCACCACGCGAGGAAAUUUGUAUAUCUUCGACGUGGUUGACGUCGUUCCCGAGCCAGAUGUGCCCGAAACGGAUCUCAAACUCAAGCUCAUAACACGAGAAGAUUUGCGUGGUGCGGUCUCUGCGAUCACGGGUGUGGGGUCUCAGGGAUUCCUUUUGGCUGCGCAAGGCCAGAAGAGCAUGGUCCGAGGGUUGAAGGAGGACAUGUCCAUCCUGCCUGUCGCGUUCUUGGAUAUGCGAUACUACGUGCACGUCGCCAAGGAGCUUCCAGGUACCGGUCUAUGCAUUUUGGGAGACGCCUUUUCGGGGCUAUGGUUGGUGGGAUACUCGGAGGAACCGUACAAGCUGCAGAUUCUGGGUCGUGACCUAGAAAACCCGGCUGUGCUCGCCGCCGAGUUCUUGCCAGACGGGAAACAACUAUACCUCAUCUCCUCGGAUGAGGAUGGCACGUUGAGGGUGUUGCAGUAUGACCCGGAAAACCCAAAGACGGAGCGAGGAACCAAGUUAUUGUUGAGAAGCACAUUUCACACCGGAGCGGUGCCGACAACCAUGACACUGAUUCCGCCAUCGUCAUCCAAUACAUCCACCAGCAGCAACAUGGACUCUGACGAGAUGGACGUCGAGGAUGACAACGUCGCCAAUCCCCAGCGGCAUCCUUCUCAGAUCCUCAUCGCCACGCAAUCCGGCUCGCUCGCGCUCUUCACUCCUCUCCGCGAGAGCACGUACCGCCGUCUCUCCACGCUGCAGAACACCAUCAUCGCCACCCUCGACCACCAGCCUGCGAGCCUCAACCCACGGGCGUAUCGCCAGGUGGAAACUGACGGCAUCGGUGGUCGCGGCGUGAUCGACGGAGACCUGGUGAGGAGGUGGUGGGAGACGAGCACACAGCAACGCGUCAACAGUGCUGACAAGGUCGGCGGGAGUAUCUGGGAGCUCCGAGGCGACCUGGCCAUGAUCGAUGGCGGUAACAUUGGGCUUUAG